AGGAUGAUUCUCCUGGUUUCAGAACUAUGGACAGCGCCGAUACAUUAUCCUGGCUUUUUGUCUCAGAUCACGCGCAAGUUACAAACACGUUUUGGAAAGGGGUGAAAAAAAGCAGCAUCACAUUAUCUUGCCUUGUAGCGUCAAAAUUGAUAACAUUAUCUGGUAUAAAGCGUGAACAAACAAUAAAACAUAAAAUAGAUUUCUAAAUCAACAACAUAUUUCUAAAUCUGAUUCUAAUCAAUUAGGCUGCUGUUUUUUGCCAACACCCGUCACACGUCAGAACAAACAACUAUUAUCAAAAUUCCUCCUUUCCCUAAAUUAACUAAUGCAACAUAACGGGUCUGCAACAUCGAGAGGGUUUGCAUAAAAGAUGAAGUGCCCUUCUGCGCUCCAAAUGUCAAUCAGAGUGACGUUGGUGCUCGUCCUUUCAUCUUUAUGAGGGUGGGGGCUCGCGCUCUCAUUGACAUUCUGAAUGGAAGUCCGCGCCUUUGCUAUACAUACAAUCCAAGCACAUAAGAGAAAAACAACGCAGCAUAUAGCCGUUUAUUGAUAACAUUAUAACAAUAUUUGCAUAUGGACAGGGUGCGAAUUAUGGGGGGAGAUCUUACACAGCUAAAAGCUUUAAGAUACUUAAGGAGGUUAUGUCAAAACAAACCACUGGGGGACAUAAUCGUUGUAACGGGGUUGUUUCAGCAGGGUAAUAAACACGAACCACUGGCUGAUCAAUCGAUUUAUUACAGAUUUAGAAACCAAAUUUUGACAGAAAACUUGAUUAUUUCUUUUAAAAUUGUAAGAGGGCGCCAAAAAACAGUUGUUGCUCAAGAUUAACUCCUUCUUUAAACUGCUUUAAAAGCUGACCUCGUUGAAAGCAUGUACAGCUACUAAUUCGGAUUCCGCGUGUCCUACAGGUUGCAUGGAUGAUUUCUAAGACAUUAAUCUCUCCGGUGGUGAACUAUUAAUUCAUAUGCUCCCUCAUGCGCGUAAUGAAAUGAAUGCAAUAUUUUCAUUUUAGGUUGCACUUGACGCCGAUGCGCGUUAUCCCACAGUCCUCCCAUAAUCGGUGGGCAUCGGUGACGCGCGUCUGGGGUUCAUGUUUAUGUCUGUCAGGUUUCCGAUUGGGCGCCGUGUGGAUGUGUGAUGAGCAUCCGCGCACCGUGGGCGGGAACAGUCAUGUUUAUAUACCACAGUACGCUUGCCGCGGGCGGGAGGAGCGGAUCGAGUGCGAGAGGACGCGCGGCGCGGAGCUUGUGGAGGAGGCGCGGCUUCCACUGCCCCUCCGCCGAAACAGCUGUAUGGACGACCACCUCAGCCUCCUCCACUCGCCACCGCCUUCCUCGAGCAAGCACCGGGGCAACAACCUCGUGAACCACGGCUACACCGAAGACAUCAUGACAAUUGUUGCAUGCGACAACAUGCUGGAGGAGUCGGCGGCGCUGCCCGGGCACCACUCUCAGGAGCGCUACGAGCCAGACCACGAGUGCUGCGAGAGAGUUGUCAUCAAUAUCUCAGGCUUGCGCUUCGAGACGCAGCUCAAAACCCUGUCCCAGUUCCCCGAGACUUUACUUGGCGACCCCAAGAAGAGAAUGCGCUACUUUGACCCCCUCAGAAACGAGUAUUUCUUUGACAGGAAUCGGCCGAGCUUCGAUGCCAUCUUGUAUUAUUACCAGUCUGGGGGGCGCAUACGGAGACCCGUGAACGUUCCCAUAGACAUUUUCUCCGAGGAGAUACGCUUCUACGAGCUCGGGGAGGAGGCCAUGGAGAAAUUUCGAGAAGAUGAGGGCUUUAUAAAGGAUGAGGUGCGUCCGUUGCCCUCUAAUGAGUUUCAGCGACAGGUGUGGCUGCUGUUUGAGUACCCGGAGAGCUCGGGUCCGGCCAGGGGCAUCGCGAUAGUCUCGGUGCUGGUCAUUUUGAUAUCCAUCGUCAUCUUCUGUCUGGAAACGCUACCCGAGUUCCGGGACGACAGGGACCCGACGACGGUCGCGCCGCUGGCGAACGGAACCCUCCCGUUCUUCACCAGUCCCUUCUCUGACCCGUUCUUCGUGGUGGAGACUCUGUGCAUCAUCUGGUUCUCCUUUGAGCUGCUCGUGCGUUUCUUCGCGUGCCCCAGCAAAGCAACGUUCUCCAAGAACAUCAUGAACAUUAUUGACAUCGUGGCCAUCAUACCCUAUUUCAUCACUUUGGGGACCGAGCUCGCGGAGAGGCAAGGCAACGGCCAGCAGGCGAUGUCCUUGGCCAUUCUCCGGGUCAUCAGACUGGUGCGCGUGUUUCGGAUUUUCAAACUCUCGCGGCACUCCAAAGGGCUCCAGAUUCUGGGGCAAACACUCAAAGCCAGCAUGCGGGAGCUGGGCUUGCUGAUCUUCUUUCUCUUCAUCGGGGUCAUCUUAUUCUCGAGCGCUGUGUACUUCGCCGAGGCGGAUGAUCCCGACUCGGGCUUCAGCAGCAUCCCUGAUGCGUUCUGGUGGGCGGUGGUUACCAUGACGACCGUGGGGUACGGCGACAUGCACCCGGUCACCAUAGGCGGCAAAAUCGUCGGCUCCCUGUGUGCGAUCGCGGGCGUGUUAACCAUCGCUUUGCCAGUGCCAGUCAUCGUGUCCAACUUCAACUACUUCUACCACCGAGAGACUGAGGGCGAGGAGCAGGCGCAGUACCUCCACGUCGGCAGCUGCCAGCCUCUGUCCUCCUCCGGGGAGCUGAAGAAGACCCGGAGCACGUCCUCGCUCAGCAAGUCGGAGUACAUGGUCAUCGAGGAGGGAGCCUUCAAGCAGCCCAACUUCCCCGCUGAGAACAACCAGAACUGCGUGAACAUUAAAAAGAUGUUCACAGACGUGUAGGCUGAUGAUGGCACGCUGUGGGUUCGUGUCAUGACAGUCAAGUGCUGCUGAGUGUGUCGCCCUCCAUUUCCACGACGCAGAGGAAAUGGUUACGUGUUUAGUCUCAUGCAGUGUUUAUCACCUGUUUAAUUUGAACCAUUUUACUGUGAGGAGGAAGCCGCUAUCGGGUUUCCAUCCGUUUGCUGUCUUUAGGGUACGUUCAUUCAUAUAGGCAAUAUGUGACAUCCGUGUGGCAAGCCGUUUUAACAUCUGUUCCUUAAAACUAACUAGUACCUGAUAUUAUUUCACUAGUAAUUUUGAUUACAAUUAAGUAAUCCAGCACAGCUUUCAGUUGCUAUUUUAACAAUUUUCAGAUAUUUUAUUUAAUAACAAAUGUACUGGUAAUUUUUGUCAGGAUAUUAUUCUUUAAUUUUUAAAGAAAUUGCAUUUAAUCCUAAAACACAAUGCAAUACAUUGUGAAAUGAAAACACAAUGCAAUGUGUGUGUGUGUUUGUGUGUGUGUGUGUAUUUAUAUAUAUAUACACACACACACACACACACAAUAAUUCUUUAGUACAUUAAAACAAUAUGUCAUGCCAUAUUUUUACAGUUGGUAAUUUCAAGAAACAUGUUAAACAUUAUUUUUUCCAAGUAGAAAAUCUUAAAUAGUAUUUAAAAAAAA